GCAAUUCUUCUUCUUCAUCAUUUUCCUCAGAUCUGAAUCUACCAGAGAUUCUUCUAUUUCUCUCUCUAGUUGCAGUUUUGACCGGAGGAGAGAACAGCCGCCGCAAAAGCGGUCUGGUGUGUACGUACAGAUACUAAUUACAAAGAAGUAAGGCAAUUCAGAAUGGAUCUCCAUGAAAAUAGGGAAGCUAGCAAUAAAUACACAAGAAUGGAUGCAAUAAUAGUAGAAGAAGAAGAAGAUAAUCCCCUUUCUUUGCACAAUAGAUCAAUCGACAUCAAGAAAUACGUAAUGGCCUGUGCCGUUUUCGCUUCUCUCAACUCUGUUCUCCUUGGAUAUGAUGUGGGUGUUAUGAGUGGAGCAAUUCUAUUCAUUCGCGACGAUUUAAAGAUAACAGAGGUACAAGAAGAAGUUCUCGUCGGAAUCCUCAGUGUAGUUUCCCUUAUUGGGAGUUUAGCAGGUGGAAAAACAUCUGAUUCAAUUGGCAGAAAAUGGACCAUGGCUUUUGCCGCCAUUGUUUUCCAAGCAGGCGCCUCUGUUAUGGCUCUCGCCCCUUCUUUCUCUAUUCUACUUUCCGGCAGAAUUCUCGCCGGAAUCGGUAUCGGAUUUGGUAUCAUGAUCGCCCCCGUUUACAUCGCCGAGAUUUCCCCUUCUGUCGCCAGAGGAUCACUCACAUCAUUCCCGGAAAUUUUCAUAAACCUCGGCAUCCUUCUCGGAUACGUCUCCAAUUACACUUUUUCAGGACUCUCGGUCCAUUUAAGCUGGAGAAUCAUGCUCGGAGUCGGAAUCGUUCCGUCAAUUUUCAUCGGUUUUGCGCUUUUUGUGAUUCCUGAAUCUCCUAGAUGGUUGGUGAUGCAAAACCGUGUUGACGAAGCUAGAAUCGUGUUGUUGAAAACGAUUGAGACGGAAAAAGAAGUAGACGAAAGGCUAGACGAGAUACGUUUGGCUGCUGAAAAGCACGAAGCGAAACCAGUUUGGAAUGAGUUGAUAAAUCCUUCAACCGGCGUUCGGAAAAUGUUAAUCGCCGGCUGUGGAAUACAGUUGUUUCAACAGAUAACCGGGAUCGAUGCAACGGUCUAUUACAGUCCCACGAUCUUCAAGAACGCCGGUAUCGAGAGCGAAUCGGAGCUUCUCGCAGUGACGGUUGCUGUCGGGUUUACGAAAACAGUCUUCAUUUUGGUGGCAAUAAUCUUAAUCGAUAGAGUUGGAAGGAAGCCUUUGCUCUACGUGAGUACGAUCGGCAUGACCAGUUGUUUGUUUGCCCUAGGUUUAACCCUAUCCUUCCUAGAAAACAGCACUGCAGGCGUUGUUUUGGCGAUUAUAUUCGUUUGCGGGAAUGUCGCGUUUUUCUCAGUUGGGAUCGGGCCUAUAUGUUGGGUCUUGUCGUCUGAAGUAUUUCCUCUGAGGCUAAGGGCUCAGGCGUCGGCUCUUGGGGCCAUUGGGGGUAGGGUCGGGAGUGGGAUAGUCGCGAUGUCGUUCCUUUCAAUAUCGAAUACAAUUACAGUUGGGGGAACGUUUCUUCUAUUUGGGGUGAUUUCUUGUGUUGCUGUUGCCUUUGUGUAUAAGUGCGUUCCCGAGACCAAAGGGAAGUCCUUGGAGGAAAUUGAGAUGAUGUUUUGUAAUGAAGUGGAACCCGAGUUAGAGCUCGAAGAUUUAGAACAGCUAGUACGAAAGUAACAAUAUCGACACGCUGAAAGCCUAACAAAAAUAAACUGUUGUGUAAUUUGGUCCGGCGGGGAUUAAGAAAAUCCCAAAUGUGUAAUUCGAAAAUGUAACAGUUGUACUAUUUUAAAAAAGAAAAAUAGGAAGCUAGGGCAGAACACGACUAUACAUUGGACAUGUG